AUUGUCAUUUUUCAACAUAUAUACGAAACCCAAGAUUUCUUUUCAUAUCAAUGGAACUUCUAUUGCCAAAUUCUGUAAACUCAACACCCUUAACAACUUUAGGCUUCCUGGACAGAGCUGCCGUCGCCUACGGCGACUCUCCUUCCGUCGUCUACAGUAAUGUUUCCUACACGUGGUCCCAAACCCACCGUCGGUGCCUCCAGAUGGCGUCGUCUUUGACAUUCCUCGGCGUCCAACGAGGCCAAGUGGUUUCAGUCGUCGCCCCCAAUGUACCUUCCAUGUACGAACUCCAGUUUGCUGUCCCCAUGUCCGGAGCCGUCAUUAACAACAUCAAUACUCGCCACGAUGCCAACACUUUGUCUGCACUCUUACAGCACAGUGAAUCCAAGCUUGUUUUUGUGGAUCACCAGUCUAGUUCGCUUAUUCUCGAGGCGAUCUCGUUGUUUCCCAAGAACACAAAGUCCCCACAACUGGUCCUCAUUGACGACGAGAUGGAGGACUCAUCAGGAACCAGAAGCCUAUCAUCGACCGUUGACUUUCUCGAUUAUUACGAGGGGAUAAUGGAAGACGGUGACCCGAAAUUCAAGUGGGUGAGGCCUAAGAGCGAGUGGGAUCCAAUGGUGCUGAACUACACGUCAGGCACAACAUCUUGUCCCAAAGGUGUGAGCUUAAGCCAUAGGGCUGCUUUCAUAAUCACCAUGAAUGCUUUGGUUGAUUGGUCGGUUCCAAAUCAACCUGUUUACUUAUGGACUUUACCCAUUUUCCAUGCUAAUGGGUGGAGUUUCCCUUGGGGCAUGGCCGCCGUAGGAGGGACCAAUAUUUGCCUCCGGAAAGUUGACCCUCCAUUGAUUUACCGUUUGAUUAAAAAACAUAAGGUGACUCAUAUGUGUGCUGCACCUGUGGUUCUCAACAUGCUAUCAAAUUCACGAGACCUUGAACCACUAGACCACCCUGUCCAAAUUCUAACCGCCGGUUCACCCCCACCAGCACCGGUCCUAUCCAGAACCGAGUCAAUGGGCUUUGAGGUGAGACAUGGAUACGGGUUAACCGAAACAGGAGGACUCGUUGUCUCAUGUGUGAAAAAGGAAUGGAACAAACUUCCAUUAGCAGAAAGAGCCAGGCUAAAGUCAAGACAAGGAGUUAACACUGUCGGUUUAGCAGAAGCCGAUGUUUUGCAUCCUGACACUGGGGAAAGUGUGAAACAUGAUGGGAGAACAAUCGGCGAGGUUGUUUUGCGAGGUGGGUCUCUCAUGUUAGGGUAUCUCAAAGACACCGAAGGGACGUCCAAAUGCAUGCGUGAAAAUGGGUGGUUAUACACCGGAGACGUCGGUGUAAUUCACCCAGAUGGUUAUUUGGAAAUCAAGGAUCGGUCCAAGGAUAUAAUUAUAAGCGGUGGGGAAAAUAAGCAGCCCGAAGUUGAGUCGGUGUUGUAUUCACACCCGGCGAUUGAUGAGGCGGCGGUGGUGGCUAAGCCUGAUAAGUUUUGGGGUGAAACGCCGUGUGCGUUUGUGAGUUUGAAGAAGGAUGGUGAGUUGACUCGGAUACCGAGUGAGAUGGAGAUAAUACAGUAUUGUAGGGAUAAGUUGCCGCAUUACAUGGCGCCCAAGACGGUGGUGUUCCAAAAUGAGCUCCCCAAGACUUCAACCGGGAAAGUACAAAAAUUCAUUCUCAGGGAAAUUGCUAAGGCUAUGACUUGAAUUGGCUCGGUUUGGCAUAGGGAU